AGAUCGCAUUUAAUAAGAGCUCUCCAAGAACAUCACCAAUUCGUCGCUGCCCAACCCACCGCCAUCCGCGAUCCGAGUUUAGAGUUCUAUACUUUUACUUUUACUUUUAGAUCCCCUACUUCGUACCGAAUAAUUAACUAGUCCAACAUCAAUUCUUUAUUGGUAAUCCCAAACCCGCACCGCCAACAUGUCUUCAGACCUCGAAACCUUCACCAUGCUGCCCUUGCAGAUCGACCCUCAGACCAAGGCAGUAACAGCGCUAUCCGGCUCUCGCUCUCUACAAUCCGAGCUAGCUUCGCUCAACGCACUGCACCGCUCUCUCCUCGCGCUCGACACGCCGAACCAAGUACCGCCCCCGCCGCUCCCCGUGAACCCGAAGCGGUCGGCCAACGUUAGCAAACUGCGAGAUAGCGGCAACGCCGAAUACCGCAAGGGAAAGCACGCCGACGCCGUUAAAUUCUACACCUUGGGUUUGCAAAUGGCCCUGACGCGGCCGCUGUGGGAACCCCAGCAGCUGGUGCGCGAAGAGGUCGCUGCCCUCUACGCCAACCGCGCCCAGGCUCAUAUGGGUCUGCAGAACUGGGCUGAGGGCGCCGCCGAUGCUGAGGCCAGCGUCGAGGCCAAGCGCGUUGGUAACUCGAAGGCUUGGUGGAGGCGGGGCAAGUGUCUGGCGGAGAUGGGACGGCUGCUCGAGGCCAAGGAAUGGGUUAGUAAGGGCUUGGAGAUGGAAGGCAACGAGGGCGAGCUGGUCGCCUUGUUGAAGGACAUUAACGUGAGAUUGGGGGAGAAGAGUAAUUCUUGAGGUGUACACUGGCGUUGCUUUUCUUUUCAAGUUUUACGUUUCGACCUAUUCAUGAAGAUUAGGUCAUGUUUAUGCACAUCAGGUAUUCACUCUAAAGGCGUUUAGGGAGUUGGGCGGUAGUCCAUGUAUAUAUCAUUCCUUCAGACUCUGUUAUAUCGUCCCUCAUCGACCUUGAAUCUUGCCGAUACCUAAAGGACUGGAUCACACGAGGGGCUGGGGAAAGGACAAUUUUGACAUGCAAGUAGAUUACCUGCUGAAAUAUGGAUAAAACAUGCCAGUCUCUAUCUCGUAUCUCCCUCUCUAGCCUCUUCCACAAUCUACGCUAUGCAUGCUUCCUAACCAUCUAGUGAUGGGCUGCAACUUAGGAAGAUGAUUCCCAGGGUUUCUGAU